AUGGUUAUGAAACUUGUAGUUUUAGGACAUUCAUUUGUCAGUAGAUUGGAAGACUUUGUGAAUAGUUCUCCUGAUAACCGUGUGACAAAAAAUUUGAACUUAAGUUUGGAGGAAAUUCAUGUUUCAUAUGCAGGAUUUCGGGGAGCGACAUUGUCAAAGGUUAGGGCGCAAGGUCUGCGUUACGUAAGGCUCUUUCAUCCAGAUGUGGUGGUAUUGCAAGCCGUAUCAAAUGACCUCUGUGAUCCUACUAAAUCAGUAUCAGAUGUCUUCAAACAAUUGAUUGACUUUGUUAUAUCCCUUCGUUAUGCAGAAUCAGUGAAACAUGAUGUAAUUCUACAAACUUUACACAGAAGACCCCCCAGUUACCGCAUACGUUAUGAAGUGGAUACUCAGUGGUUCAAUGAAAGAGUGGAUGAACUUAAUAUGAGAAUAUCAUCCUAUUUAUGUAAUGUGGAAGGAUCAAAAUUUUUCCGCUUAUCAGGUUUCUGGUCCUCUACAAGUCAGGACAUGGUGUUUUCUCAAGAUGGUGUACACCUGAAUUUGCAAGGAAUGAAGAAGUAUUAUAAUAAUUUGCGAGCAGUAGUAGUUUCUACACUUAAAACCAUAACAAAUGAUGAGCGAACCCAAAAUGCCAAACGCCAACCAAGAGGGAGGCGAACUCAGGUCAUUCCAGCAGCAGCAGGGUCUGCAGAGCAGGCUGCACAACAGACUGUGCAACAGACCGCACAGGACCAGCUGGUGGCAGCAGUAACGGACAAGGUCCUAGAAGCGAUCAGAAAUGAAUCCAAUCAGGAGUCCCAACAGAUGGUAGAAACUGAGGAUAGGGGAAGGAAAAAGCACAAAGAGCCAAAGAAAAAGAGAAAAAGAAUAUCUUCACCUCCUAGAUCACCUUCCAUUGCAGGUAGAGAAAUUCAAGGAAUUAGCACCUUACAUGGACAAGUUCCCAGCCAACAUCCCUCAGGAGUACCUACACAUUUAGUAAAUUCGACAUCAAAACUGCUUGAUGCUGCAAUGUCAAAAAAUACCCAGGUGUCAUAUGAGGUAGCUUUAAAUGCUUAUCGUAAAUUCUUCCGGACAAAUUUCAGUACAAGUCCAACAUUUCCAUCUCAGUUAAAUCACAUUAUGUCUUUUAUAGCAUGGUUAUAUCAACAUAAAAAAUCUUACAACACAAUAAAUACCUAUGUUGCAGGUAUUUCUUAUUAUCACAAAAUACAUGGUCUCUCUGACCCAACUCAGUUUUUUGUCAUUAAGAAGCUUCUCAAAGGAGCUCAGCACUUAUCCAAUGCUCCAGAUAUCCGUUUACCAAUAACACCUCAUAUUCUUUUCAAGCUAGUCCAUGCGCUUAAACACACAGUGGCUGGAAAGUUUAGCAGACGCCUUCUGACAGGCAUGUUUACACUCUGUUUCUUUGCAUUCCUGAGAGUAGGUGAAGUAACUGUGAAAUCUUUAAAAAAUUCAAGUAGAAAUCUUGUUCAUCUAAAAAAUUUAUCAUUUGACCCAGUACGAGGAAGACCUAAAUCUAUGACAUUAACACUCAGACAUUUCAAACAUCAUGACUCAGGUAGACCUGUGUCCUUGCAAAUAGCAGCUCAGACUUGUAAAAAUAUAUGUCCAGUAAUAGCUAUGCAAAAGUACUUAUCAGUCAGAAGUAAAUGUCAGGGCCCUUUAUUCAGUUUUGAUGGUCAAAAACCAAUUAAUCAGGCUUACUUUACAAAUGAACUAAAAAAUGCAUUAUCAUUUGUUGGUCUUGACACAACUAAGUACAAAUCACAUAGUUUUCGUAUAGGAGCAGCGUCUUAUGCUUUUCAGUGCAAAAUUCCCGGGGAUAAAAUUCGUUUAAUGGGUCGCUGGAACUCCAGUGCUAUUAGGCGAUAUUUUAGGAUACCAGUUUUUGAUACAGUGGAAAUUUCACCUCUUAAUCUUGUUUGAUUUACAUUUUAGACAGUUUACAUUCAGACUUUGCACAAUUGGCUAUUGCUUUAUAAUUGGACUGUCUGAGGCAGCUGAUUAUGAAAUAAUGUUGUAUUCUCUAGUCAGACUGUCUGAGGCAGCUGCUAGGUGAGCAAUUUUUCAAGGUGGCCAUUACCCAGUACUCAUAGUUUUUUAACAUUACAUGUUUACAAAUGACUGUCUGAGGCGGCAUUUGUGAUUACGUCAAGUUUGAUAGUUUUUUAAAUUUAACUAUGACUUCUAGGUAACAUUACAUGUUUGCAAAUGACUGUCUGAGGCGGCAUUUGUGAAUAUAACAAGUUUUUAUUGUUUUUGAUUUUAAGUAUUAAACCCUAGUCAUGUUUGUUUAAUGACAUGUAAUUAUAUGCACAAGAUAUUUCUUGUAGAUUAUUGUAGGUCAUGGUUAAAGAAGCUAUAAUAGAAAACUCUUAUUUUUUAAUGUUUGGGUUUUCAUUUUAGAUAUGAGUGUGAUAUGUAUAUAUAGCUGACUUGGUGCUUCCUAAUUUUACAUAACUGUGGUAUAUAUACUUCCAAAAAUACAUGUUGAUUUGUUUUUCGAAACUUGUGAUCAAAUUAAAACAGAGUUGUGGGUUUAAUCAUGUUAAUUGUGCACAUUUGUUAUAGAAUAGAUGUAAACAAACAUGAGUAAGUAGUUCUUAUUCAAUGUUAUUAUACUUUCAUGUUAAAUACUAAAAUCUGAUUGGUUUAUAAGCAUUUAACAAUCCGUAAUGUUACCCUCAGCGUUAGCAACACACUUGACAACGGGUAACAUUACGAAAAUAUCACAUGCGUUCAAAUCAUGCGCGUACGGUUCACCGUAGAAUUCUCAAAACGUCGGUUGUGCGUUUGAAAGAAGCCAAAUAAACGACGUCAAUUAAAGCUUGCGUCCGAUGUAGCUUACUUGAAACAACAAACGACAGACGAAACAUCCUUGCGAGUGCAAACUUUAGAUGAUAAAGGACUUUUUGAGUAGCAAACAAACAAUAAAGAGGUUGGUAAAUCUUUUCCGAAGCUUUCUUAUUGAGAAAAUAGAAGCGGGGAGUUUGAAAGCUUUCUAAGCGUGAACUUAACGACGAUCUCCGAAAUUUUUUUUAUGACAUCCGAAAUCAAUAAGACAUUCAGUAUAAUAAAAUAAAUAGUGCACGUUUUUGAGGGUAACAGUUGAAAUUGACACCCCUCGGAAAACCAUUGUCAACCUCCGCUGACGCGUCGGUUGACAAUGGUUUUCCUUGGGGUGUCAAUUUCAACUGUUACCCUCAAAAACGUGCACUAUUUAUAUAAUAGCAUAUUUCCUGUUUGGAAAGUACAUAUGUUACUCUGUGGGACUUGAUUACCUUUCUUCCCAUUCGUCUCCUCUGGAUGGGCCACUUGUUGCCAAUUUGACAACAAGUUCAUGGCGUUUUUUAUAAGGAUUAGUCCCAUCUUUUUUGCCAUAACUAGUCCAAUGGGCAAUACUUAUUGUACAUUUGUUAUUUCUAUGUCAGUAUUUGUACGGUGUAUAUCUUAGGCACAUUUAUCUUUGUGUACAUGUAAUGAGAUAUAUUUUACAUGAGAUUUACUGUCCUAUUUUGUGCCUUAGAAUUUUUACGAGUAUCAUAUGUACUUCUAAGAUUGGGAAACAUUUUUGGCAUUUUCAAUAAUAAAUGCUCUUUUUCGACAAA